AUGUCGGCCUCGGCGGCGAGAGUGAGUGAAAAGGAGCUGAACUCGAACCAAGACGGAGCAGACAAAACCUCCGAGGAAGAGCUAAAGGACAUUAUAGGACGCCUUGAGGAAGUUCAACGGGAACUGGAUAGGCUGAAUGAACGGGCCAGCGAGGAGACCUUAAAAGUAGAACGAAAGUGCGAUAAACCCCGUCGGCCGUUCUUUCAGAAGUGGUCAGAACUGAUCGCCAAAAUCCCAAACCUUCUCAACCAUCCAGCAGUAUCUGCCCUACUGAGGGUGGAAGACGAGGAGGCACUUGAUUACCUGAGCCGAGUGGAGGUGACAGAGUUUGAAGACAUCAAGUCAGGCUACAGAAUAGAUUUUUAUUUUGAUGGAAAUCCGUACUUCGAAAACAAAGUACUUUCCAAAGAGUUUGAUCUGAACGAGAGCGGAGACCCAUCUUCAAAGUCAACAGAGAUCAAAUGGAAAUCGGGACGGGAUCUGACCAAGCGCUCCAGCCAGACACAAAACAAAGUGGGGAGGAAGAGGCGACAUGAAGAACCGGAGAGCUUCUUCACCUGGUUCACUGACCGCGCUGAUGCUGAGGCUGGAAAGCUGGGAGAAGCCAUUAAGGAGGAUGACAUCUGGCAAAACCCUCUGCUGUACUUGUGUUCUGACACGGAUGAUGAAGAGGGCGAAGGUGAGGAUGAUGAUGAUGAUGAUGAUGAUGAUGCGAGACUGAGGGCCCCCCACAACAACCCCAGCUAG